AUGUAUCUUGUUUUACUCCCAACAAUUAUUCUCUCACUGUCCACCAGCGCUCUGGCAGACUGUACACGAGAAUUCCUCCGCAAUGCGACGGACGCCUACAUCAAAGUUCAGCGAGAUGGAGCAGUCAAGUCCCCCGACCCAGCUUUUGCUGUCCAUCUAUCCCCGAACUUGGUAUAUACCGAAAACUUCGCAGUCACUCCCCUGAACAAUUCCAUCUUGAACACUUCUCUGCCGAUAACGCAUAACUUCAGUAUGCACGACACGACCGCCUGCUCUACGUUCACCGAACUGGUUAUCCUACCAACCAAUACCACCAAACCAUACCUCAUCCAUACUCGCAUUCCCAUCGUCACUACCACAGGUGACUGGGCAUUCAACGUCACAGGCUACCUACACUACUCCUCACUCGAGACUUGGGACCCUAUCCCAGCUGCGAAACGCGAUACUCGAGCAGUUGUUCAAGCGGGUGGAGAUGCUUACUUCAAUCGCUUCGACAACGCCUCGGUUGUUGUUCCCUGGGGUGCGCCUCGCACGAGGAUCGAGGGUGGUGCACUGGUGACAGGCACCUUGAGCGGCGAUAAUUGCACGAUGGUGUUCCCAGAUACAAUUGUCGUUACGGAUCGUCGGUAUGUGGUCGAUGAAGUGAUGGGGACGGUGGAUAUCUUCGAGGGGUUCCCGGGAUUGGGUCGUUCACAAGGUAAUAACCCGAUGCCGGAUAGUCAUUUGUUCAGGAUCGAGGCUGGAAAGAUUAAGUAUGUUCAUACCGUCAGUCAUUGUGUGGAGAGGGGAUGUGGGAUGAACGGAACAUCGCCAUUUGGUUAA